AUGAACUGGACCGAAGGCGCUCUCGCACGUCAUUCACGGCGAAGAGGCUGGAACGAGGAUGCCGCUCGUCAGAAGCAAUAUUUUGCCAAAGCGCGUGCCCACCAGUGCCAACGGCCCGUUCUCACCAACACCUCAGAGGGGACGAACCGCAGUUUUGUUCCAGAUCACAUCCCUCAAACACCAAAAUCUGCCCUGGUCAAUCCCAAGAUCACCUCAAUUCCUCAGACUUCGGUACAGAAAUCUCGAAGACGGACUCAGCGUCUAUCGAACGAGUGCAGAAAAAUGGCACCCGAGACGUUUGUAUCACCAUUCUUCGAGAUGGGCCGGAAACGAGGGCGAGAUUCUCCCAUCUCCAAAAGCCUCUCGCCAAACGCUCCAUCUCCGGAUAUCGAGUCAAAGCGUCGAAAACUCCUUGAGAAAAGAGACUGGACUGGCAUCGAGGUCCAAAAGCCGCUGAUUGUCGACUUUUCUCAUCCAAGGCCGGAGAAUCUCUUCAACCACCAAAGAAAGGGCGCCUACCGGGGCCACGAUUCUGCAUACAAAGCAGAUGAUCCCAUGCAAAUUCGAAUUGGUGCUCACAACUUGAAAUGGUCUAAUCAAAACAACUCGCUCAUUACUCCCAGUUUGACGAGCGAGUUCCUCACCAGCUUUCAGGAUUGGGAGUCGUUUGGACCGUGUACGCCGGUACAUGUACCUUCAAGCCCAUCUCACCAUUCAUUUGGGAUGUCAACCUCGCCUUCUGUCCAAGCCAACACCCUUCCGCCUUACUGCCAUCUGCAGGGAACUAGUUACAAUGCGGGAAUUCUACAUGGUCAGGACAUGAACUAUAAUUCCUUGGAUGGCUGUUGUGGAGACGAGGAACCGAAAUUCAAGGUUCAGUCUACCCCGGCUGAGUUUCACCAUCCUCAACCUUCGCGAGGCGAGCGACCCCGAUUGUUCGAUCUCAGAUCCCCGGAACCGCAGCAGUCUGGCAGCAUGAUAGUGGAGUUGGGAGGACCGAUUCCAUAUCAGAAUUGCGACGAAGAAGAAGAGUGGAGGAAUUGGCUGCACAAAACAGCUGCUAGUCCCGUUUUAUCCUCUUCUCGCGAGAGCACCCAAGUUCAGCCUGAAUCACCAGUGACACUUGUGGAAGAAUCCGAAGAGAGCGAGAACAAGAAAACGAGUAUGACUCAGAUCGAAUGGGAACAAGAUAGUCAACACAGUAUCCCUGGCGCCGGAACCGAAAAGGUAUCCACGGUCAAUCCGACGGAGGUCCACGCAACAAGCCAGGAUUUGAUGCUACCUUCUGUUUGCGACCUACUCGUAGCGCCAGCUUUCCAGGCCUUUGAUGACUUUGUAGGAGUAGAGGAAGCUCCGCAGAUGAGCUAUGCUGAUCUGCUGGGAGAGGCAACGGGCACUUUGACGGAAGCGGACGAUGAUGAGAUCUGGAAGAAAUUCAUUUUCGAUAACGACAGCGACUUGACAGAGUCGACUAUUGGCGAAGUACAAGCGGACACUGCCACGAAACUGAUGGAUAGCCAGUCAUCUUGCCACCCAGCAUAUGUGCAGUCGACACCGAAUGGAGACACCGAUAUCACAUCAUUUGGCAAGAGUGUCUCAGACAAUCCAGGUGGCUUCGAAUGGUCGUCGGAUGAGACUUCUUCCAACCUUCUAGAGAAUUGCCUGAUUGAGGACAAGCCACAGUGGUAUGAGCAGGGGCCUUUGUCGGGGAAUCCGGAGCAAGAUGACUUCAAGUUCCAUCAUCCCAGGCCAUUCAUUGGCAGGCUCGCCUCCCAGACCAAUGCAACCCCCAUGCCCAAGGAUUCCCCACUCAAGAGAAGUAGAGGACGACCUAAGAAGAAGAGGGACGCGCACAGGCCAGACAUUCGAGCGAUGCCAAAUUUCGACGGCGAUCCAAUUGACGACGAAUGA